UGUCAGUUUUCUUCCUUGCUUACACAAGUUCAACAAUUCGAAAGGAAAAGGCAAUAGUAAAGGUUUCAAAAUGGCAGAGAAAUUUGAAAGUCUCAUGAACAUUCAUGGUUUUGAUCUGGGCUCUAGGUAUAUGGACUUAAAACCAUUGGGUUGUGGAGGCAAUGGCUUGGUUUUUUCUGCUGUAGACAAUGACUGUGACAAAAGAGUAGCCAUCAGGAAAAUUGUCCUUACUGAUCCCCAGAGUGUCAAACAUGCUCUACGUGAAAUCAAAAUUAUUAGAAGACUUGACCAUGAUAACAUUGUGAAAGUGUUUGAAAUUCUUGGUCCUAGUGGAGGCCAGUUAACAGACGAUGUAGGCUCUCUUACCGAACUGAACAGUGUCUACAUUGUUCAGGAGUACAUGGAGACAGACUUGGCUAAUGUGCUGGAGCAGGGCCCUUUACUGGAAGAGCAUGCCAGGCUUUUCAUGUAUCAGCUGCUACGUGGGCUCAAAUAUAUUCACUCUGCAAACGUACUGCACAGAGAUCUCAAACCAGCUAAUCUUUUCAUUAAUACUGAAGACUUGGUGCUGAAGAUAGGUGACUUUGGUCUUGCACGGAUCAUGGAUCCCCAUUAUUCCCAUAAGGGUCAUCUUUCUGAAGGAUUGGUUACUAAAUGGUACAGGUCUCCACGUCUUUUACUUUCUCCUAAUAAUUAUACUAAAGCCAUUGAUAUGUGGGCUGCAGGCUGCAUCUUUGCUGAAAUGCUGACUGGUAAAACCCUCUUUGCAGGUGCACAUGAACUUGAACAGAUGCAGCUGAUUUUAGAAUCUAUUCCUGUUGUACAUGAGGAAGAUCGUCAGGAGCUUCUCAGCGUAAUUCCAGUUUACAUUAGAAAUGACAUGACUGAGCCACACAAACCUUUAACUCAGCUGCUUCCAGGAAUUAGUCGAGAAGCACUGGAUUUCCUGGAACAAAUUUUGACAUUUAGCCCAAUGGAUCGGUUGACAGCAGAAGAAGUGCUUUCCCAUCCUUACAUGAGCAUAUAUUCUUUUCCAAUGGAUGAGCCAAUUUCAAGUCAUCCUUUUCAUAUUGAAGAUGAAGUUGAUGAUAUUUUGCUUAUGGAUGAAACUCAUAGUCAUAUUUAUAACUGGGAAAGGUACCAUGAUUGUCAAUUUUCAGAGCAUGAUUGGCCUAUACAUAACAACUUUGAUAUUGAUGAAGUUCAGCUUGACCCAAGAGCUCUGUCUGAUGUCACUGAUGAAGAAGAAGUACAGGUUGAUCCUCGAAAAUAUUUGGAUGGAGAUCGUGAAAAGUAUUUGGAGGAUCCUGCUUUUGAUACCAAUUACUCUACUGAUCCUUGUUGGCAGUACCCAGAUCAUCAUGAAAACAAAUAUUGUGAUCUGGAGUGUAGCCAUACUUGUAACUACAAAACAAGGUCAUCAUCAUAUUUAGAUAACUUAGUUUGGAGAGAGAGUGAAGUUAACCAUUAUUAUGAACCCAAGCUUAUUAUAGAUCUUUCCAAUUGGAAAGAACAAAGCAAAGAAAAGUCUGAUAAGAAGGGCAAGUCAAAAUGUGAAAGGAAUGGAUUGGUUAGAGCCCAGAUAGCUCUAGAGGAAGCAUCACAGCAACUGGCUGAAAAAGAAAGGGAAAAGAAUCAGGGAUUUGACUUUGAUUCCUUUAUUGCAGGAACUAUUCAACUUAGUUCACAACAUGAGCCUACUGAUGUUGUUGAUAAAUUAAAUGACUUGAAUAGCUCAGUGUCCCAACUAGAAUUGAAAGGUUUGAUAUCAAAGUCAGUAAGCCGAGAGAAACAGGAAAAAGGAAUGGCAAAUUUGGCUCAAUUAGAAGCCUUGUACCAAUCUUCUUGGGAUAGCCAGUUUGUGGGUGGUGGGGAGGACUGUUUUCUCAUUAAUCAGUUUUGUUGUGAGGUAAGGAAGGAUGAGCAAAUUGAGAAGGAAAACACUUACACCAGUUACUUGGACAAGUUCUUUAGCAGGAAAGAAGAUACUGAAAUGCUAGAAACUGAGCCAGUAGAGGAUGGGAAGCUUGGGGAGAGAGGAAAUGAGGAAGGAUUUUUGAACAACAGUGGGGAGUUCCUCUUUAACAAGCAGCUUGAAUCCAUAGGCAUCCCGCAGUUUCACAGCCCGGUUGGGUCCCCACUUAAGUCAAUACAGGCCACCUUAACACCUUCUGCUAUGAAAUCUUCCCCUCAGAUUCCUCAUAAGACAUAUAGCAGCAUUCUGAAACAUCUGAACUAAAACACUUAGAAGACAUUUUUCUUUGUAUUCUUCAUGAAAUGUGUUGUCUUUUUUAUUACUAGUGUUUCAGUCAUUUUUUUACUUGAAUCAUAUGGUGUCAUUUAGAAAGGAUUUUAUUAGUUCUUGGUUUUUAAAAUCCAGACUUUUUUUCUACAUGUGAGAUGGUUUUCAUUUUAACUGGCAUGUCGUUUGCACACAAAAAAUAAAGAAUAGAGCAAAAUAAUGCAAUGCAGGAGGCCACAAAAGAAAUGCACUAAGACAAGUAAAAAACAUUCUCUCAUAGAACAAUGAUCUGUUUUACAGGAAACAAAAAUCUUGCCUUGAAAUUGACACAGUGAGACUGUACAUAAUUGCAUGAAAAUAUCUAUUUUUUUCCUAAAACAUUUUUCAUUCAUGAGUAUUUUCAAGUUUUUCAUACUGUACACAUUUCUUAAGACACAUGAUACCAGCAGCAACUGAAAAUGAAUGCCGAAUUUGGUACACAUGUGUUAUCUACCUCAAGGUAACAAAAGUAUGUGGCAAAACAUAGACCACCCAUAGUGCUUCACAUAUGCACUUCUAUUUAGCCAGCGUUUAUUGUAGUAAACUAUUCUUAAUGAGAUUCACGCACCGUUUAUAAAUGUUCUGGUAUGCAUUCUUUAUAGUGAAGUGUUACUACAUCACAUCUUAUUUAUUUUAGCAAAUCAGUAUAUUUUCUGUAUUUAAUUAUAAAAAGUUAACUUAGUUUUUGAAAUUUAUUUGCAAACACACUUUUCCAUUUGGCACUAUGGUUUUUUGCCUACUUAGCUGAUUAUAUAAUGUCAGCUCAUCCUAAGGCUGUCCACGUACUUAAUUUACUUAAGUAUUCAUUUUAAGUAAAGCGCUCACUGUGUAUAGGAAUUUGUAUUUUGGAGGUGCUUGAUCUAUCUACAAAGAAACAUUAGGAAUUACUUUAUUAUAAAAUGCUCCUAGAAGUCUUAACUGUGUUUAUUUUAAAAAAAAAAACUGUUAAUGUUAGACUUGUGUGUAUGGAAGUAACUAAGGUACAUCAUUAUUGUAGUUUAAAAGUUGUACAUGAUAAGACAUAUUUUGUUUUUACUGUAUGUUUUUACUGAAUGAUCUGUUCCCCAUCCCAAGGCAAGCAUGAAUAAAAUUAGGUUAAAUGUAAAAAAAAAAAAAAAAA